AUGGCGCGUUCCGAAGCAUGGGACGGCUCCGAAGUUCACGAUGACCACAUCGAUUUCCUCCGCCAGAUGCGGCGGUUGCCCGGCAAAGGCUUCCUCGGCGUCCGCCCCACCAUCGAGCUCUGGGGGGAGUUCUUCUACAUCAAGCUCGGCACCCUCGUCGCGGGCGUGCCGACUCAAUGCGGCGCGUUCAUCGCGCCUGACCAAUCGGCUUUUGAACAGAGCCCCCUCCUUCAGCCAGCAGCCGGCGCCGCGGGGCCGGAGCGCCAAUUCCUCCCCGACCGAGCGGAGAGCGACGUCGACGACCCUGACUUGGGGGCGGCGGCCUUGGAGGACGACGUCGAGGGAGGAGGCGGCGAAGCAGGCGGCUCGAGGCUCGGAGCCAGCCUCGAGGACUGGCGUGAUGACGACGCGGGGGAAGUCGCCCCGCGCCACCAGCCAGGAGCCGGCCAGCCGGGUGCGAGCUCGUCUGCCGCGCCGAAUGCCCAAGGCGGCGCGAAGAAGCGCAGGGCCGCGCCGAGCUUGUUCGGCAGCCGGCCGAAGAAGCCCAAGGGCUCGGCCGCAGCGACCAAGCGGGACGAGGCGGUCGCAAAGGCCAUCCGCUUCCGCCAGGAGGUGAAGAAGCCACAGCUGGUUUCCACGGCUCCGCUCUCUCUCUCGAAAUCGGCCGCCGCCUCCAUCGUGGGGUCGGCGGAAACCUCCACCACCACUCGGCGGACUGAUCCGGCCGCCGACCUCCGGGAGGCGAGGGAGCGGAACGCGCAGGAAGCGCGUGAGGAACAGGAAGCCGCCCGCCUGGAGAAGGCGGAGGCUGAGAAGGCGGAGGCCGCCGCCCUAAAGAAACUGGCGGAGGUCGAGGCCGCCGACGUGGCGAAGAAGCAGGCUGAAGAAGCCGCGCACCGCCAGUCGGCAAUUUUCAUCACUCCCCUGAACUCCGCGCCGCCACCUCCGGAGUUCGUGGCGUAG